AUGGCGAGGACAUUUGACGGGAUUAAACUGAUUUCAGAGCCAAAUAGGUAUAAUACAUUCUACUAUUCCAGCUCCAUUCUGUGCACUGGGCUCACUAUUGCAACUGGUCGUAUUGAUGGCACAGCAUCAUGGAGAAUACCUCUCACUAUUCAAAUUGCCCUGGCGACCAUCCUGGCUGUGUUUGCCUUCGUACUGCCAGAGUCUCCUCGAUGGCUAUUGGCUGUUGGGCAAAAGGCAGAGGCACUCGAAAUUCUAGCUAAAUAUCACGGUAAUGGCAACCACAAUGCACCGCUCGUCCAACUGGAAUGGAAAGAGUACGAGCACGGUGUCAAGUUGGACGCCUCGGACAAGCGAUGGUGGGAUUACUCUGAGCUGUUCAACACUCGUAAUGCAAGGUAUCAAACUUUUAGAAUGCUCCUGAUGGGGUUCUUUGGGCAAUGGUCUGGAAACGGUCUCGGAUAUUUCUUGACUAUUUUGUUUGGAAAUGCUGGGGUAGAAACUCAGAACAAAAGGUUGACCUUAAACUUCAUCAAUAUGAUCGUUUCAGCCGUAGGCACCUUGAUUGGUACUUCCCUGAUGGACAAAGUUGGCCGUCAAACUAUGUGGUUCUGGGGCACGCUUGGCUGUUCAGGAAUGCUCACGAUUGUCACAGGGUGCACUGCGAAGUGGGGCAAGAGCGGUGCAAAUCCAGCUGGUGCAAAUGCUGCAAUAGCCUUCAUCUUCCUCUUUGGAUUCGUCUAUAGCUUGACCUACACCCCGCUACAAGCAUUGUAUCCUGCUGAGUGCUUGGAUUAUAACACCCAUGCCAAGGGAAUGGCAUUGUAUGUGUUUGCUGUUAGCUGUGCGUCAUUUGUGAAUACGUAUGCCAGCCCAAUUGCCCUUGGGAGGGAUUACUUGGCAGGUAAGUACUACAUUGUCUACAUUGCUUGGGAUCUAUUUGAGUGCACUGUAAUUUGGUUUUGUGCUGUCGAGACGAAAGGGAGAACUUUGGGGGAACUGAACGAAAUGUUUGAGGAUCCCAAUCCCAUGAAAGCCUCUACAAGGAAACACAAGGUCGCGAUAGUCAAGAAGGGUGGCAGGAAGGAGCUGAUCACUGUAUAG